GAGUCACCAGAUAUGGUCACCUGUUUCUAUCCCUCCCCUUACCUAAGCGAUAGAACCAGACUUCCCACGUUCUAGUACAUUCAGGCUAUCAAUCUGUCAUGAAGUAUGUCUGGUCUGCUGAGAGACAAUGCCCUUGAUAAUUAACUUGUUAGCAUUGUUUAAUUAACAAACAGAAGAUGCGUUAUAUAAUUGGAAGACAUAGCCAGGACUUUGUCCAAUAUUUAAACCAUAUCUCCUGAGUCUAAGUAGCGCAGCUUUCAAAUUAUUCACGUGCACCGAUUUGUGCCAGAGAAAGUUUAAACUAAGAUGAAGUUAUUGUUGUUGACUGUUUGUGUACUACUUGUAAGUCCCUCCAUCAGUGGACCAGCGACUCAAUCUGGUGUUGUCUUAACACAAAAUGAGGCUGUGAAGCUGUUUAUGGAAAUAACAAAACAAUUUGACCAGAAUAAAGAUACUCUCAACUUUAUAGCGGACAGUAAAGUAGAUGCCAUUAUAGAGCAAAUCAAAAUCAUUCCAGCCGGAAUACAGACCUUCUUUCAGAUCAUCCAGUCUAUCAAAGACAAAUUCCCCUCACAAAAGAGGGACUCGAUCAACGCGCUGAACGAGCUCGCAGCUCACUUAGUCACUGCCAGCGAAUCUCUCACCCAGGUGAUAAGUCGGUGUUCAAACAAAAAGACCAUCUCCACAGUUAGCUCGGAAAAGGCGGGAGACGCGAGCCCACAGAAGACCCCAGUAAGCAGCUUCAGUCCACCUGCGAGCAACAAACAGACCCAAGCCGCUGGCGGUGCCAGUAACAAUGAUGUAGACAGUGUUAUAAGUGUGUUGAUAAGACCCGUUGAGAUCAACAAGACAGCAGUGGAUGCGGCUGUCUCCAGUGUUGGAAAAAGCAACUACUUCCUGGUUGGAGAUGCUGCCGACGCUGUUGUGAAGCUGGCCAUCGUCAUUGCAGAGAAGCACCGCACCCGCUACGUCAAUCUUCUGCCCAAAAUCAAACUGGUGGGCGGCAUCAUCACAGACAUCCUGAACCGCAUGGAUGAACUGCAGAACGAUGUCUUGCAGAUUUUGGAUAACUCUGAAGGAGUGAGAAAUGAAGUUCGCCAAAGCCUGACAAUCAUCCACGGGUUGGCUCAGAGUAUCGGCAGCGCUAUUUCUGGAUUAAGUUGCAACUAAAGCUAAAUCUUUAGUUAUUAUGAUUUCACGUUUAUAAAUGUUUGCAUCUUUUUAAACUGGAUAGAUUUUAUGAAGUCGUCUAUAUCAGCUUUUAUGAAUUUCAAACUAUGCAAAUUGUAUAUUGAAGGAUGCACUUAAGGUGUUUUUUUUAGUUGUUAUUAUAGACUAUAUUAAAUAGGACUGCUGUGGUAUGGCAUGAUUAAGGGCCUACAAUGAUAAUCAAAAGACUGUAUUGAAGUACAACCCUACUUCCAUUAGAAUCAAAAAGAAAAGGAUUUCAAAAAAUUUAAAUAAAAAUAA